AUGGGAGACGCUGAAUUAGCAAGCCCUUCGACUCGUAUUCAAAAUCCACGCAAAGAGAUUGCAAUUGAAAUUCCAGAACGCUUGGAGACGACCUUUCGGCCAGACGAAUGUAUCUAUAAAGCUCCAGCUGCACUUCACGAUUCAAACAGAGCUGCCUACACUCCUCGGGUCAUUUCUAUUGGUCCUAUUCACCAUGGUGAUGGAAAACUGAAGCCUAUGGAAAUUCAGAAACAGAGAUAUCUGAAAGAAUUUUGUAAGAGAUUGGGAGCGCAAACAGAGGAGCAAGAAAGACGAAGAUUUUUUGAAGAACCUUUGAGCAUCAUUCAGAAGCAAGAAGAUGAGAUACGCGGUCGUUAUGCAGCUGAUGCCUUUAAACUUUGUGGCGAUGAGUUUGUGAAGAUGAUUCUGUUGGAUGCCGUGUUCAUUUUCGAGCUCUUCUUGAAGAAUGAUGAAUACAUGGAAAAUAAAAACGCCUAUCAAGACGAUUUCAUCAUAGGCAAACCAUGGCUCAGAUGUGCGAUUCAACGGGACUUGAUAUUGCUUGAAAAUCAGCUGCCAUUCUCCUUUCUCGAGAAAUUAUACAAUACCUUUGACCCCAGCAAAGCAAAUCGGCGUCCUUUUCUGGAACUUUCCUGCCAGUACUUUAAGAAGUAUAAUGAGGGCAAUUCCGAGCCACCAACUGGAACCUUACAUUUCACUGAUUUGGUGAGAUAUUUUCUAUCUGUCAAGCACCCGAAGUUAUCACCAGAUACAGAACCGAUAAAAAAUCUUUAUAGUGCAACCUUGCUGCACCAAGCAGGAAUUAAGUUCAAGCCAUUGCGGAAGGAAUGCUUGCUUGACAUAAGAGCCUGGGAUUGGAUUUCUGAUUCAAAAGGAAACGGGAAUCCAGUCAAGAAAGGUGAGUUACAUAUGCCACCCCUUGAAAUCGACAACAGCACCGAAUGUCUCUUCCGAAACCUGAUGGCCUUGGAACAGUGUCAUUAUCCAAGAGAUGAGUAUAUCUGCCGUUAUGUUAAGCUAUUGGAUUUUCUUGUGGACGUUGAAAAAGAUGUGGAUUUGCUUAUUGAAAACAAAGUUAUUGUUAGCAGGCUUGGUGACAGUAAAGCUGUGGCGAAGCUUCUUAACAGACUUUGCCUAGAAAUAGAAGAAGUUCCUUCAAGUUAUGAUGAUCUUUCCAAACUGCUGAAUGAUUACUAUGAGAGCUCGUGGAACAAAAACAAGGCAUACUUGGUAAGUGUGUAUUUCCAAAAUGUUUGGAUUGGUACUGGAACUGUUGUUGGAUUAAUCAUCCUAGCCAUCACUGUGGCAAGGUUUAUCAUGUACUUUUUCCGCUAA